AUGCCGUCCUUCUCACCAACCCCGGCUCCCCAGCCAACAAUCCUCAUCGCCGGCGCCGGGAUCGGAGGACUAACGACAGCGCUGCACCUGCACGCGGCGGGCUACACGGACGUCCACAUCUUCGAGGCGUCGUCGACGCUGUCGGCGCUGGGCGUGGGCAUCAACGUGCAGCCGUCGGCGGCGCUGAUCCUGCGCAACCUGGGCCUGCAGCCGGCGCUGGACAGCACGGCGAUCCGCACGGCGGAGCUCAAUUUCUACAACCGCCAUGGUGACGCUAUCUUGUCGGAGCCGCGUGGCGUCGACGCGGGCUACGCCGUGCCGCAGUACAGCAUCCACCGCGGCGAGUUCCAGAUGCUGCUGCUGGACGCCGUCAAGGAGCGCGUCGGCGCCGACCGCGUGCACCUGAACCACGCGCUGGCGAGCUUCACGCAGGAUGAACACGCUGGGAUGGUCACGGCGAACUUCGUCAGGCGUGCUCCCCGUAGCAGCGCUCCGCUCUCCUCCUCGUCCGCGCCGGUUGAUGAUGAUGCCGCGGCUACUGCUACUCCAACGGAGCCCAUCCCCGCCGAGAUCCCCUCCAUGAGCGGCGACCUCCUCAUCGCCGCCGACGGCAUCAACAGCACGGCCCGACGCCAGCUCUACCCGGACGAGGGCCCGCCGCACUUCUCCGGCCGCAUGCUCUGGCGCGGCUGCCUCGAGCUGGACCAGCCCUACCUGACGGGGCGGUCAAUGGUAUGGGCCGGGCACGCGGACCAAAAAUUCAUCGCCUACCCCAUCUCGUCCCGCACCGCCUCCCAGAGCGGCCGCUCCCUCGUCAACUGGAUCGCCGAGCUGCGCGUCCGUCCCGCCUCCGACCCGGACACGACGCCGCCCGCGCAGACGAACUGGAACGCCGCGGUGCCGAAAUCGCGUUUCGCUGGCCCUUUCGCGGGGUGGACGUGCGGCGGGCUCGACGUCGCGCAGCUGAUCGACCGCGCCGAAAAGGUCUACGAGUUCCCCAUGUGCGACCGCACGCCCGUCGCGCGCUGGAGCUUCGGCCGCGUCACGCUGCUCGGCGACGCGGCGCACGCCAUGUACCCCAUCGGCAGCAACGGCGCGACGCAGGCCAUCAUCGACGCCGAGACGCUGGUCCAGUGCCUCGUCGACGAGGCGAGCAAGAAGGCCGAGUACGGCGAGGAUUAUGAUGGCAUCGUCAAGGCGUUGAUGGUUUACGAGCAGAUGCGCUUGCCGCCGACGAGCAAGAUUGUGUAUGCGAAUCGUGCGAAUGGGCCGGACCAUGUGCUGCAGUUGGCAGAGGAGCGCGCGCCGGGUGGGUUUAAGAAUGUGUAUGAUGUUAUUCCGAAGGAGGAGUUGGAGGGGAUUGGGAGGAAGUACAAGGAGGUUGCGGGCUUUGAGAUGGAGAAUGUGAAUAAGAAGGCGAAGUGCACCGAGGGGACGGCGGAGAGGCUGGGCUUGAAGAGUCCGAAGGGGUGGGUGGCUGAGAAUGGUGUUUAG